AGUAAAUGGGAAUCUCCUUUUCUGGGAAGGUUCCAAUAUGAAGUCCAGAUCGCACAAGAUGAAUCAAACAGCAUCACAUGGUGAUCACCAUACGGAGAACUGAAAUUUAAUAAGCGAAGACAAAUGUUCCAAGUCAGCAGCACGAUGGGUUCCCUUUAUCUCUUUUACUAGUAUUUAAGCAGGGGCAAGAACAUGGUAGAGUCCUGCGGUACUGCCCUAUCUAUCUGUGGAGAAGACGGGUAAUGGCAAAUAUGGAGCAUGUGGCCAAGUGCCUGCUGGUAAUGGCAGUGAUAUUCCUCGCUGCAGUCGGUGGUGGUAGUGGUGGUGGUGGUGGUGGUGCUGAAGCGACACCUACCCAUAUUUGCAAUGUCACGAUAGCUGAACUUGCAGAAUGCCUCCCGGCAAUUACCGGCAAAUCACCCCCGGAGCCCAGCGAUGAUUGUUGCAAGGCCUUGCGCAAGUCUGAUUUGCACUGUCUUUGCAAGCACAAAUCACAGCUAAGCAAUCCCUCAAAGGCGAUGGAGUUGCCUGGCAAAUGUGGCCUUGAGCUACCACACGAAUGCCAGGUCCGAGUCUAAUAAGUUGACCAUGCUAUCGGCCAAAACUCAUACGUGCCUCAUGCCCGUAAUCAUUGCUCCGUUGAAUAACUCCUCCUAGAGUAGUAGACUGAACGGAACGAAUCUUUUGUCUAUCUUCUUAGUUCUGUUUGGAAGUUUAGCAUCUUUAAUUGAUUGUUCUGAA